AUGUACGGAACAAACACCGAUGGGCCAAAUAAAGGUGGUGGAAGUGUCAACCAGCUAGGGGGGAUGUUUCUCAACGGCAGACCUCUCCCGGAAUCCAAGAGGAGGAAAAUGAUUGAACUGGCCUCGGAGGGAGUCCGCCCAAGCCAGAUAUCAAAGAUACUUCGGGUGUCCAGCGGGUGCGUCAGUAAGAUCCUGAGCCGCUACCGACGCACAGGACUCCUGGUGCCCAAAACCAUCGGAGGGAGCCGACCUCGACUUCUCACCCCCGGCGUCAUUUCUACAAUCAUUCAGUACAAAAAGGAAAAUCAAACUAUUUUCGCUUGGGAAAUUAGGAAACGGCUCACAGCAGCACGAAUCUGCAAGGCCUCCAAAGUGCCCAGCGUGUCGUCCAUAAAUCGGAUUCUAAGAAAGAUCCACUUUGACCAUGGACCAAUGUGCAUGGAGAUGAAUGCGCACAUCGCAACGGAGCAGGGUUUUGACGCCAUGGUUCAAGAAGAAGUAACCGUAUGCAGUGAUGACAAGAAGCGUAAAGAUGUCCAGCACCGAAACAGAACUACUUUCACCCCAGAGCAGAGCAGAGCACUGGAGCAAGAAUUUUCUCACAGCCAGUAUGCAGAUAUGUACACAAGAGAGAAACUGUCAGCUGAUAUCAAACUUCCUGAGGACACCAUCAAGGUCUGGUUUUCAAACAGACGAGCCAAGUGGAGGAGGGAAGCCAAACAAAGAAGUAGCACACAAAGUAUCGGCAAUUCUGAGCGUCUGACAUCCAUCUCGAUGCCACCCUCAUUCCGCCAUCAGCCAACUCUCACUGGAUUACUAACAAGCAUCUUUGAUGAACUUGAGACUGGAGGAACACAUUCUAGCCAGCAGAGGGUGACAGAGGACUAG